AAAACAAACUUUCCGCGAGUGAUCUGUUCUGAUUAAACUUACUCGAUUCUAUGCGCCAGGAGUGUUUUGGAUGUUGCGCGCGCUCAGCGCGUGGGAGAGCGCUAUAUUUCGCAGCUCGCGCCAGGACUCGAAUAUCUGUCGACAGGGGGCGCGAGCCAGUGACACUGAGCCAGACCAGUAAAUGUGAAUCUGAAGACUUGAAGUGCUACGCAGUCAACGUGAGACCCUUCAGGAACCGCGCUGUGCCCUCACUCCCUCUGAACAAAUCACUGUCACCACUUUUCUGCACGUUAUACUUAAAAACCGUGCAACGCGUUCAGCGGUUUUCCCGAAAAGAUGUUCGGGUGGUUUUUGAGUUUGAUCUGACCACGUUUUUUUUGCAUCGUUUUAAAGGGGGAGAAUAUCGAGAGCCCCACAACACGCAAGUCUGAUGAUCCGGAUGAACGAACUGUUGAGAAGUAAAAACUCGCAACAGAUUUUUCUCGCGGACAACUUCUCUGGAGCUGAGGAGACAGCAGAAGCUAUGGCUUACUCUCUCUCGCUCGGUCUGCUCUACCUGGGCUUGCUGUGUGGAAACGGACUGGUGUCUGCAAGAUCCGAGCUGUUCACUCCAGAUCCAAGCAGAGGACCUCAUUUUACAGGCUGCCGCUCCAGAGAGCAAGAGACCUUCCGUUGCUGGUGGAGCGCUGGGAUCUUCCAGAACCUCACCGAGCCUGGAGCUCUCAGGGUCUUCUACCAGACAAAAAAUUUCCUCUCUGAGUGGCAGGAGUGUCCAGACUACACACGUACUGUGAAAAACGAGUGCUACUUCAACAAAACCUUCACACAGAUCUGGACCUCGUACUGCAUUCAGCUGCGCUCAGUGCGUGAGAACAUAACCUAUGACGAGGCCUGCUUUACAGUGGAGAACAUAGUGCAUCCUGACCCACCAAUUGGGCUGAACUGGACUCUAUUAAAUGUGAGUCGCUCGGGGUUGCACUUUGACGUCCUUGUGCGCUGGGCUCCCCCUCCGUCAGCAGAUGUGCAGAUGGGCUGGAUGAGCCUGGUGUACCAGGUUCAGUACCGGGUCAGAAACAACUCCCACUGGGAAAUGCUGGACCUGGAGAGUGGCACACAGCAGUCCAUCUACGGUUUACAUACUGACAAAGAGUAUGAAGUCCGGGUGCGCUGCAAGAUGUCAGCCUUUGACAACUUUGGCGAAUUCAGUGACAGCAUCAUUGUGCAUGUGGCACAGAUACCAAGCAAAGAAUCAACGUUCCCGACGACGUUGGUGUUGAUUUUUGGAGUGAUUGGAGUGGUGAUUCUUCUUGUCCUCCUCAUCUUCUCUCAACAACAGAGGUUGAUGGUAAUAUUUUUACCACCUAUUCCUGCACCUAAAAUAAAAGGCAUCGACCCAGAGCUGCUGAAGAAUGGAAAGCUUGACCAGCUCAAUUCUUUGCUGAGCAGUCAGGAUAUGUACAAGCCGGACUUCUACCAUGAGGAUCCAUGGGUGGAGUUCAUCCAGCUGGACCUUGAUGACCCCGCAGAGAAGAAUGAGAGUUCUGAUACACAACAUCUGCUGGGCGUGUCCCGCUCAGGCUCUUCUCACGUCCUUAAUUUCAAAAGCGAUGACGAUUCGGGUCGUGCUAGCUGCUACGACCCAGAAAUCCCAAAUCCUGAGGACUUGGCUUCCCUUCUGCCUGGCCAUUCUGGACGGGGAGAUAACCACCCUCUGGUUUCCAGAAGCAGCUCAUCCAUCCCUGACCUUGGCGUCCAACAGACAUCAGAAGUUGAGGAGACGCCCAUUCAAACACAACCCGCUGUGCCCAGCUGGGUCAACAUGGACUUUUAUGCCCAAGUAAGCGAUUUCACACCAGCAGGAGGAGUGGUGCUUUCACCUGGACAACUGAACAGCUCUCCAGAGAAAAAGAAGGAAGAAGAGAAUGAGAAGAAGAUACAGUUCCAGCUGGUUUCCGAUGGAGCCUACACCUCAGAGAACACAGCCAGGCAGCUUUCCGCCAGUGUGCCGCCCAGCCCUGGUCCUGAGCAGGGGUACCAAACAUUUCCAACCCAAGCUGUCGAGGGGAACCUCUGGAACGGGGAGUACCUGGUGUCCACCAGUGAUUCCCAGACGCCGUAUCUUCUCCCCGAAGCUCCUCCAGCCCCCAUACUGCCCCCAGUGUCAGACUAUACUGUAGUGCAGGAAGUGGACGCAGCACAGCCUCCUCCUGAAUCCUCCUUCCUCACAGCCCGCGAUAUGCCCUCACAGCCCAAACAAACACCUCCCAGCAAUGCCUACCAUGCCCAUGGGGUACCUCACCCCAGACCUUCUGGGAAACCUGACCCCAUGAAGGGACUGAAAAGCGCAAAGUUCAUUGUCUUGUUGUACCUUCUCACUGCUGGAAACCAAAGUUGCAUGAAUGGCGCGACGCGUGACGGAAAUUCUGCACAUGAAUUUUCUCUGCUGUACGCUACAAAAUGGAAGGAGCUGAAAACGUUUCUUUUCUGUCAGCUGUUGCAGUAGUGCUACGCUAGCUCGCCGAGAGAGUUUAAAUGUGUUAUCAAUUUACAAUCAGAAACAUCAGCUGGUUACACGCAAAAAAAAAAAAAAAAGACUACAGAAAUAUGCUCGCUUGCUGUGUCUGAGAACCAUUUUGAAAAUGUGUUUAUCUUAUUACAAAGAUACAGAUCUAGAGCUACAGUGGCAUUGGGAUGAAAUAGAUUCAAUAAGAUAAAUCCAAACAUAUCUUUAUACUAAAUUGUUUACACACAAGUGAAAGAUGUAUCACUUUACUGUGAUUUCCUCAACCUGGAUUUGCUUGCAUAUGGAAAAAUGGAAAAAUAUUCCAUUGCAUCAUAUUAAGGUUCCCAAAAUAUUUUAGUUUUGUGGACAAGUCGAUAUUUUUUGAUCUUGUUAAGGGAACCUGCUUCCUCAGAUUUAUGGGAGCCACUUGAGCGCUGCAUCCUUUCUGCACAUUUUAUCCUCUGCCAUAGCCAGAUGGAUAAACUCAGCAAAUGAACUUUUUCAAUAUGCUAAAACACUAAAAGAAAAUGGGGUUGUGGUGCAGGUGUUUAUUUUAGCAUCACUAUAUAUGACUGUAAUAUUUGAGAUCAUUACUAGAAAAUUUUGAGACAAGUUUUUGUGAUAUUAGCCCACUGAACAAGGUGUUACCUUUGCUUGUUCAAAAAGUGAUAAGUGAACUUGUCUUUAUUUGUAUUAAUGUAUCCAGGGGAAUUGUAGGGUCUUUGCUGUGCAAUGCAAACUGUAUGGCAAGUUUUCUUAUGUGUUACCUUUGUGCAUGUAGCAGUUUUAUAUUGAAGAAGACACUAUAAAUGUGUACGUGCAUUUACAAUGGGAGUUACAUUACAGGAUAGCUGGGAAAGAUGUGCCAAUUUUUGGACUUGUUUUAUUAGACAAAGACUUGCCAUUAAAUAAGGCUAUAAUUCUUGUCAGGACAGUUAAUUCAGUGAUGUCCUCUAGAAACAGCAAACUCUUGUGCACCACAGCCUCUAAAGCUGCUUUUAACUAAAGCUAUUUUAUGAAAUCAUGCAUUAUAAUAGAAGGAAUAAUAACUGGAGAAUUAAAAACUAUUAUUUUUUUUAUUAUUUACAACCAUAGACUUUUAAGAGUUCUCAAGCCACAUAUUAGAAACCCAGUCGGUGAAUUUCUCACAGAUUUAAUUCGAUGCUGUUGAUAAGUUUGUACAGAAAAAAGUAUUGCUUGUUAAGUUGUAUAGAUGAGCUUAUUUUGAGCGCUUUGUGACUCUUACAUGUUCUCUGUUUUUAGAGAAACACAGUAGAGGUAUAUGAUGGUGAAGAAGGAGCCUUUGGAUUACAAACUCAAUUGGUCCUGGGUUUGCCUAUGAUGCUUGAAUACUGGGUCCUGACUUGUUUUAGGUGUCUGUUGUAGUUGCAGUGCCUUCCAAAAGCAUUUGAUUUUUGACUUUGAAUUUUAUUUAUUUGUGCCCCCAAAGUGUUUGAUUUUUAUUCUAAUUUUUAGGUUAUUUGUGCCCCAAACUUUUACAAGUAUAUUAAAGGUACACCGCCAGUUAGGCAAACCAUUUGACACAAUGAAUUGCACUUAAUGAUUAAUUUUGCAUAUUCCAACAGAAGCUAAAGGAAUUGUUCAAUAGUUCAAUUCAAUAAUUAAUCAGAUUCUUCAGGCAGAUCUUAGCCUCAUCAUUUACAAAAAACAAUAGACCAUGACUUUAAAGACCCAUAAAAGUCAUCAAUAUGACUUGUGCUCUAUAUUCUAAAUCUCCUGGUGUAAUUUUGAAAGCUUUGUGUGAUGAACAAACCAAAAUUGAAGCUGUUAUUCAUUGAUAAUGUUCAGCUCCAUUUAGACUGGGUCAUUAACACUCUUAAAAAUAAAGGCUCCAAAAGGGUGUUUUUGCAGUGAUGCCAUAGAAGAAUCAUAUUUGGUUCCCCAAAGAACCUUUCAGUGAACCGUUCCUAAAAGAACCAUUUUGAAGAAUUUCUAAAAAAAUAUAUAUAUAUACUUUUUCCAACUAUAAAGAAACUUUUCUGCAUUUGAAAGGUUCCAUUGAUGCUUAUAAAGAACCUUUAUUUUUAAGAGUGAAGUCCGUCAGUUCUGGAACAAUUCAGGAAUGACCUGUAAAGUCCAAUUUGUAAACCUAAUCCAAUCCUAAUCCAAAUAAUUUGUUCACUUAUCCAGUCACCGGCUCACUGAUUCAGUCUCAGCAAAAAAAAUUGUUUUAAACAGAUUAAAAUAACACUAUACAGGUAAAGAACAACAUGUGAGUAAGUAAAUAAUGACAGAACAUUAUGUUUUGGAUAAGCUGAUCUUCGUAAAUGACUUCCCAUACUGUGCUAUUUACAGACAUCACAGAACAAGGCUGAUCUUUCCCUGUUGAUGUUCUGCCAGAUCUGUACAGAUGCCAUGAGCAGAACCUGCUUGUCUAGGGCAGACCUUGUGGUCAGUUUUUUCCUUAGCAUGCAAAAGGUCUAAAAUGUACAGUUAUUUUUAACCUGCACGUAGGUUUACAUUUCCUUAAAUUCUUGAUAGUCCACAAGUAAAUUCUGGAGUUAAUCUCAGAUCCACUGUUUUGUUUACUGAGAAAAAUCGAUUUAAAUACAAAACUUCUUUAAAUUGCUUUUGGAGGACAGUGUAUGUGUUUUCAUAAUAACAGCUCAGGCUUUUCAAGUGUAUCGUUUGAUUUUAUCAUUUAGUGCAAUUUGUGUGUUCUGUUGUACCGCAGUAGAAUGAAGUGCCAUAAUUAUGAUGCUAAGCCUUUGUUAUUGUGCGAACACACAGAUACACCUAAGACAUAUGUGACCAAAAACUGUUGAACAAUGAGCCGGAGGAGAGGACUUGUAGUGUAGAUAUUGCAGUAGAGAUGAAACAAAAAAGAAAAGACAAAAACGGUACAGAAGAAAGUAUUUAGCUUUUUCUUAUAUUGAGUUUGAGAAAAAGAAAAGAAAAAAAAACAGUUAAAAUAUUUACUUUUAUAUUAUGACAUGCAGAAAUAUAAACUAUUUAAUAAUAAAAAAAUAUAUAUAUAUAUGAUAUAUUUCUGAUAUAUAAAACAGAUUUUUAAUGGCCUAUACUCUAUGUGCCUCCACACACACACAACAGGACAUAAGCUAAAUCAGUAAGAAUAAUGCUUAGAUAACAAUUAACGAUUUCACCUGGGAAGUCCUGCACAUGUUUAUUAUGUGUAUAUAUGAUUAAUAGUAGGCCUUUACAUGAUGUAGUCAAUCUUAACACUGUGCUUAGCAAUGUGCCAUUCUUUUAUAUGUAAACAUAUUGCCUUAUUGAGAAAUAUCAAGUAUUAUACAACUCUUCUGCUGCUGCCAUUGCUGUGAAACCAGCAUGUUCAUGUUUUAAUGGAAAUGUCUUAAGCUCUCAUGACAUGUGGUGUACAAUAUGCAUUUAAGCUUCUGCUGAAUGUUGCGUUCCUGCAGUGCUGCUCCUAUCUCUUUCCUUCUCAUGUAGCAUUUUCUUAUGAAUCUCUGUCUUUUGCGAAAUUCUUAAAAUGCAUAGGCAGUUCAAUGCUUGUCUGUACAUGCAAGUUGACAAAUGCACAUGAUAUAUAGACAUGCUAGUACAUUUAAUCUUCUGUACGGUUAGUCCUGUAUGUGACUAGAUAUUUUUUGGAGCAGUUUUGUGCCAAUUUUUGAUCAAAUGAUGUAUUUGCCUUAUGGAUGCACACCGCUGAGCAUUACUAGAGACAUUAUAAAGAACUUGAUUCAGGUUUGUUAUUGAAAUAUUUGUACAGUUUGCUAUUUGGAAUUGGUUGAAUUCUUCAUACCUCAAAUGAUCUUCAUUUUCAGCAUUUGCUUUGUUCUGUUUUCUUCAGUUUAAUAACGAUAGCUUCAAUCUAUUAGAUUAUCUGUGGCCGUAUGCUGUUGGUUGUUUCAUGUUUUAUGUAUAGACAUAGACUGGACUGUUAAGUUAAUCUUGUUGCAAAUAAUACUAGUAUACUGUUCUGGCUGAAUGUGUGUACUGUGCGCUUGGGUAUUACUGUGAAAAUAUAUGUUUCGGCUUUUCAGGCAUCAUUUCCCUCAAGGUGAGGACGGACUGGUAAAAAAUAAACAGAAAUAGCCCUG